AACCCACUGCUGCUCCUUUAAAUGUGACGGGACAUAACACCAGCUCAACCAGCAUCUUAGUAGAGUGGGGUGAUGUUCCAGCAUUUGAUCAAAAUGGUAUUAUUACGAGUUACAUCAUUACCUACAGCUCGCAAGCAGUGAAUCUUAUUUCGUUUUCUGAAGCUGUUGCCAUUGACCGUCAAAAGGAAUUAACAGGUCUUAGAAAGUUUGUCAAUUACAAUAUCACAGUACGUGCGUCGACUUCGAAAGGCGAUGGACCAGACAGUAGCCCUAUUGUUGUUAGAACAGACCAGGAUAAACCCACUGCUGCUCCUUUAAAUGUGACGGGACAUAACACCAGCUCAACCAGCAUCUUAGUAGAGUGGGGUGAUGUUCCAGCAUUUGAUCAAAAUGGUAUUAUUACGAGUUACAUCAUUACCUACAGCUCGCAAGCAGUGAAUCUUAUUUCGUUUUCUGAAGCUGUUGCCAUUGACCGUCAAAAGGAAUUAACAGGUCUUAGAAAGUUUGUCAAUUACAAUAUCACAGUACGUGCGUCGACUUCGAAAGGCGAUGGACCAGACAGUAGCCCUAUUGUUGUUAGAACAGACCAGGAUA